UCAUUAUACGCACCACAAACCAAACAAACAUUGUUGAAUCGCUUACAGUUAGAGCAGUGCAUUCGAAUUCGAUUUUGGAACGAAUUGUGACCGUAUUCCAAUAUCUAAGUGUAGUCCCAAAAUGAGUGACGAAGAAAACACGAUGAAUGGUAACAUCAACACCGGUCCCGUUCCGAAAACAUUCGAAUAUCACAUGAAGCACACAAAACGUGGUAGCGCACUGAUAUUCAAUCACGAAGUAUUUGCAAAUCCUAAUGAAUACGGAAAGAGAUCGGGAACCAAUCUGGAUUGUGAAAGAAUGUCACAAACUUUGACGGAUCUCCAUUUUAAUGUAACAGUGUACAAUGACUUGCCGCUCGCUGAAAUAAUGCAUCGAAUGAGGCAAGCAUCUCAACAGGACUUCACGGAUCAUGACUGCAUAUUGAUGGUCAUUCUAUCGCAUGGUAAAGAAGACCUGAAAAUUGCUGCUCAUGAUAGCGAAUACAGUUUGGCCAGUGUUUUCCACUAUUUCAAGGACAGCCAGUGCCCGUCUUUGAAGGGCAAACCGAAACUCUUUUUUAUUCAAGCAUGUCAGGGUUCUGCGGUCGAUCCUGGAAUUGAAUUGAAAUCAAACCAUCAACACGCAUCAAACAGUCGUCAAGAGCCUGAAUUUUGUUUGAAAAAUAGCUUCAUUGGCUGUUACAAUGUGAUCAUUCCACCAGACUUUCUCAUAGCUUAUUCCACCAUCCCAGGAUUUGUUUCCUGGCGUAACUCAAAUGGAUCGUGGUUUAUACAGACUCUGUGCGAUUUGCUCAAUGAAAGCGGCAAAACGCAAGACAUCCUCACUUUACUAACAUCCGUAAAACGUCGCGUAGCAACAGAUUACUGCUCAAACACCGAAGACAAGGCAAUGGACAAAAAGCUUCAGAUUCCAAGCACCAUUACAACUCUUACGCGCUUAUUAAAAUUCACCGGUAAAGAUGAUAUAGCCAGUACCAAAAGAAAGUAACGUCGUCUCUCUACGUUUCUGCAUGGGUAUAUAUGUCUAUAUAUAUAUAUAGACAUAUACAAGCCCGGAAACAUGACUGUUGAUCUCAGUUAAUUUUUAAAAGAUGUGAACACAAUUUUAUUCAUUCUUUUAUUUAAAAUUUAAAAUUAUUUCCUGAUUUUUUGAUAACGUAAAAAAUAAAUAAAAAAUUAGCUAAAAGACUGGAGAUAAAGUCUACCAUCUGCUUGUUUCGAUUUCUUCGGUAGAGAUUAACAACGACCAUCGAAACAAGAAAAUAUUAUAGAAGUUUUUGGGUCCUUAAUUUUUAUAGAUAAUCACGAAGUUUUUCAUCGAUUUUAUAUAAAAAUUGUAAAUUAUAUUUCAAUGUUUGUUGUGAUUUUCCAUAGAGAGACUCGCCGUAGCUCAACUAACAAUUUCGCCAUUGUGAUUGCCAAAUAUUUCACCUACGGAUUGUAAAUUAUUCCAGUGAAAGACACUUUUUGUUCCCACAAACGAAGUUUUCAAUCCAUCUAAUUCCAAUUCAUUGUUGUGUGCAAUAAUA